CACAAAAAUUUCUUAAAAGAAUUUUUAUUUGCUUGUGAGCAUUGCAUAAUAUUUACGUACACAUGCAAAUUAUUUGCAUAUUUUUUACAAAUAUAUUUUCAAAGUAAACAAAUGCAUUUUAAGCAAUCAAAAAGUUAUUUAAGACUAAAAUUUCGAUUAAUAAUUUGUGGUGUAGCACCUGACUUUUUGCCCUGCGUAACACUCUCAGAAGCAAACUCAAUAUUCAGCCAAUGCUGUCUUAAUAAAUUACCAAUUGGAUGUCAACAAUUGUGCAAAUAUGACGUAACAAAAAAUGAGAUUAAGGAAGCUAUUGUAAAAGGAUUAUGCAGAAUUACAUAUGUAGUAUCAAUUUUGGCAUGUGCUUCUGAUGGACACGACAAUAGUGAAUGUUGCAAAUAUAAGGCAAUAGCUGCCAAAAGCGGACCUCAAUGUGAAGCAUUUUGUCGUCCUGAAAUUGAGAUCAAGGAACUUGGAAUGCAACAUUUAGUCUGUCAAAGAAUCUUCAGUGAUUUAGUCAAUUGUCAUAUGUCGGGUUUGAAAAGAUUGACAUGA